UUGAAGAAGAGGUUUGCGAAAUAGUGCGGCUCUUAAACGACCUAAUGUCCUUAAUUGAUGAUCAGAAGCUAUUGGAAAAAGGUCACACAGAAGCAAAACAGAAAAAACUUGACGAUAGUAAAUUAAAGGCUGAAGAGAUACGUGUUGCUGCUUGUACAACGAUUAAGAGAAGUGGUUCGAGCCCCGAAAAUCCUGGCCCUGUUCCAAAGAAGCGUCCAACUGACUGUACUCUAAUCGAUUUGUGGAAAGAGAAACAGGAAUCAGAACGCCAGCAAGAAAUGAAAAGACUUGAUGUCGAACAGCAACGUUAUGACGCCGAGCGCGCUGAAAAAGUGGUCGACAGAGAUCUAGAGAAGAAAAAAUUACACCUUCAACAGCAGCAAUUCGAGUUGGAGAGGGACCGUUUUAAUCAUCAACGGGACAAAGAUAAAGAAGAGUUUAAAUUGCGACAAAAACAAUUAAUCCUUCGAGAGGAAGAACGCAAGAGUCAGAUGAACAUGUUUGUGAUUAGUUUAGAUUUUGAUUUCUCAAAUAUUCCUCGAGUGUCGGAGGCUUAA